CUCAUUGACCGCCGCGGCGGAAUUCACGGCGGUCUUCUAUAUAAAAAUAGGUAACCGCCGGGGCGGUUGUUUAUGUUUCAGUAUCCAACCGCCGCAGCGGUCGUGUAGACAGUGCCUAAAUUUUAUUGUACUUAUUCAAGAAUCUUCUGGUAUUUUUCAAAGUUUCCCCUCAUCCUAUCACAACACUUUGAAGCCUUCACAUGGAGAAUCAACUACUCAAAAAGUGUAAUUCAAUCACCAAACUAGAAACAAUUAGUUACAUCUAUUAUUCAUGAUUCCACCACUGAAAAAUGGAUUCAACUGAUGACCUGACAUGUGAUAUUUGUCAGAGAAAAACCACUACCACGUCUGGGUUGACUCAACACAAAAGAGUGCACGACAAAAAACAAUCCUUCCAAUGUAGAAUUUGCCAGAAAAUAUUCUCGCAUUUAGGCGAACUGAAUAAACACUUCCGAUCCCAUAAAAGCGACAGACCAUUUGAGUGUUCCAUGUGCCUGAAAACAUACAAGUACAAGGCUCAAUUGAAAGAGCACGGUAGAUCGCACACUGGAGAAAGACCGUAUUCAUGUGAUAUUUGCCUGAAAGAAUUCAUGACCAGCAGUGCAAUGAAGAAACACACGUUAUUGCAUAAGUUAGACCAUUCUCUUCAGUGUGCCAAUUGUCUGAAAUUUUUUCGUUCUAAGGACAGCUUGACUGACCACAUGAAAUUACACUCAGAACGUGGUCCAUUCGACUGUUCAAUUUGCCAUAAAAAGUAUACUCGCAAAAGAUAUUUAAAUAGCCAUUUCAAGUUACACACAGAAGACUCUGUUCAAUGUACUUUUUGCCAGAAGAAGUUCUCAUUGAAGAGUCGUCUAAUAAUACAUAUUAGGAAACAUACAGGAGAAAAACCAUUCAAAUGCCAGUUUUGUGAGAAGACAUUUCCUUCCAAUGAUAAAAUAUCCCUGCACAUCAAAACGGUUCACUUUGGACAAUCAACGAGGAAAAGUGAAGUAAAUAAACACGAGGCAGCUGAAGUUAAAUUCAAGUGCCCAGUUUGCCCCAAUAGAUUCGCUUCUAAGACCACUCUGAACCGACAUAUCAAAACAUUCCAUUCCACGGUUGAAUCAUCUGGAAAUUACAUUUGUCAGAAUGAGAAUACUGAAGAGGGAAGACAUCCUCUCAUGAAAUCGGAUGAAGAAUCAUUUGAAUGUCAGAAAGAAUUCCUUUCAAAGAAUGAUUUGAAUUUACACAUCAGCACAUGUCAAACUGAGGGACAAAAACUAGUUGAUAGUCUUGAUGGGGAUUCUUGUGAAUGGACGGUCCCUGAUGAGUUCAACAUAAAAAAGGAAAUAGAAGAGUUGGAUCAUGAGGAAUCUAUCAUAAAACAGGAAGUUGAAUCUGAAAUUGAUUAUGAUUAUGACAUCAGAUUAGAAGCGCAGCUUGACAAGAGUUUCACCAAAUCUUAAGAUCAUGACUGCAAAGAACUCAAAGAGUUUUUAGGGCGUUAGUAAACUGAUCUUCAAAGAAUAUUUCGUGCGUCAUCUUGUGGAUAUUUACAAUAUAAGUCUGGUAAAUACUCAUAUUUCGAUAUGAGAUGGAAAUUUUGUUGGCUGAAGCAAUCUUUAUUAUGUGAAACUUGCCAGAAAAUAUUCUUGUUCUUAGGUGAAUUGAAUAAACAUAUCGAAUUCUAUGGAGGCGAUAGCCGUUCGGAUGUUUCAUGUGUCAGAAAACUUAUAUAAACAAGAGCCAAUUGGAUGAACACACUAGAUUGCACAUUAGAGAAACACCGUUCUCAUGUGGUGAUUGCCUGAAACACUUCCUUUCUAAGGAUAUCUUGAAAGACCACAUGGAACUGCAUUCAGGAUUCUGACUACGAAGCACUCAAAUGCGUUGCAACUACGAAAUAGCUACAAUGCUCGAAGCGGAAUGAAAUGUUGCAUAAAUAUACUGAUACAAGUGAUUCUUUCCUGAAUGCCUAUUGUUCGCGAUUUAGCCAGGCCACGCUAGACACCUACAGACCGGUUUCGAUCUCUUUAACUCUCAUCAGUGCAGGGCAGUCUCCAGCCAGCAGUCCUAAGACCGCCGACUAAGCGUAGCCUAGCCAAACAAAAAUCAAGUCGACAUUAUAUUCCUUCAGUGGGGUCCUCCAUAUACAAUAUGAAUGAAAUAUUGAAUCAAUAUAUUAAUUAUUAUAUAUAUAUAUAUAUAUACAGGGUGUCCCUAGACCAGUGGGACAGUUAAAUAUCUUCUGAACCAAUAGGAAUUUUCA